AUGUUGGGCUCUUCGUACCACUUGCAGGCUUCACGGCCUCGACAACCACCCGCCCCGCUGAAUUUCGACGUCUCGUCCUUCCAACCCUCCUCGAUUUUAAGUACUCACCAAGAUGCCCAAACCCUCCUUUACGACCUUCCUUCUGCUGCAUCUAUGUCGCCCCCAACUAGUCCAAAAUUAAACAAUCGCAUCAUUUCCCCAACAUCCCCUUCAUUUCCCGGGCGCUCACGAGCGACCAGGAACGGAAGGCCCACACCUCCCCCAAGUGGGCGUCAUCGAUCAAGCACCCCUCUGGGCGUCGCACCAAGCGAACUUGAGAAGUUCGCAGAGCACUGUCGUGCUUGGUACUACCGUCAAGAUGACGACUCUGGCCGCUUGAUGACCCAAACUCUGGCCACCCUUCCGCCUUCUCAGAGAGCCCCCUUUUCACGAGUUCAAGCUUCGAUAAGAUCUGCAUAUCAUCGUUCUGUAAACGCUCGUCGACAUGCGGAAUUUCAAGCGCACCUAAGUGCAACUCAACCUGGCGGCUCAUUGAUGCCUCAUUCAAGGUCCAAUCCACGAGGAACCCUCGCACAGAAAGAACGGCACGAACGCGUGGAUCGAUUUAUUAGAAAUUGGUGUACCGUAGGUAUGCCCGGUACUCAACCGUUCUUUGAAGCGUUAUGGGCAGUGAUGCGAUUGCAGGUAAUUCCUGAAGACUUGGGUGGCACAGGAAGGAAUCGAUUAGAUUGGGAGUUUGAUGACGCUGUUUUCAAAGAAGCUGCAGGGAAAGACUUUAUGUUGGAAGCCAUUGACGUUCUGAAAGGAGUACUUGCCUUCGAGGAGACACCGUCGAUCAAGAUCCAAUCACCAACAUCUGGGCACAGGAGGGAUGCAAGCGUAUCAACCGUCCAUUCUCGCUCCCGCUCGCAGCCUUUACCAUCCCACCAGAAACUCUUAGCAGGCACUUCAGUGGUUCAACCAAAGCGCGCCAGAGCACCUAGUGACCCAUUUUUAGACUCCCCUACCCCAGCCCUGUCCCGUUCCGUCGCCUCUGCGUCGUCCCAUUUGUCCGGGAAUAUCGCUUCGUCCGGCGAUGGAGAAGAGCCAUCCAGUCCCGUUGAUAGGGACCGUUCGACGACCCCACUUAUGGGCGAUUCUAUGUUUGAAGAUGGUGACGAUGAAGGGGAGUACAUGCGCAUCUGGACUUCACCAGAUUUGUCAAACCCUGAGCUCAUCCAACUUCUCAAACUGUUCCCCGCUUUCGUAUCGAGACGACCUCUUCCUCGCUUUCCGACCGCUUCCAGCCGCCAUCCAGACAUUGAAGAAGGGGAUGAUGAAGGCACGGAGGGCAAGCAUAUCCGAUUCGGAACAGGGUCGAUGUGCAUCUCCUCCAAACAACGAAGUGAUGGCUGGGAGGGCAGCUGGUGGACCCGAGUCAUUCUGUGGUGGAGGAGAAUUUUUUGUUAG